GAUUCCCAUCAAUCAACGUUAUGAUGCAAUCAAAAGGAAAGGGUUGUGUUUCAAUUGCCUUAAUCCUUACACUGACAAUCACAACUGCUCUUCAAAGAGAUGCCAAAAAUGUGAUAAGCGACAUCACACUGUUCUACAUGAUUCCUUUACUAGCAAUUCAGGAGCUGAAGUCUCCAAUCAGUUGGAAACCUUCUGGAAGCUGGAAGAAGUCUCUUCAGUUAUUCCUGUCUCUCCUGAGUGUGCUAGGGUUGAAGCACACUACAAAGAAAAUACCAUCAGGCAUGAAGAUGGUCGUUUCCAAGUGUCCUUACCUCGCAAGGAUUCAUUUGCCACCCUUGGUCAUUCAAGGACUCAAGCUAUGAAACGUUUCCAUUCAUUGGAAAAAAGAUUUCUUAAAGAACCUGAGCUCAAACCUCAAUAUGUUGGAUUUAUGCAGGAAUAUGAAGAUUUAGGUCACAUGCACCCUGUACCGCCACCAGCCCCUGAGGAACAAGUCUAUUAUAUUCCACAUCACGCUGUCUUCAAGCCCGACUCCACUACAACCAAAACAAGAGUUGUGUUUGAUGCUAGCGCCAAAACAUCAACCGGAAUUUCUCUCAAUGAUGUUAUCUUCAAGGGUCCUGUUGUUCAGUCAGACCUUUUUGACAUUGUCCUACGAUUUCGUAUGCGACCAUUUGCUUUCAUCGCAGACAUAACUAAAAUGUACCGCCAAAUUCUUUUAGAUCCUUCUGAUCGUAAUUUGCAUCGUAUUUUUUGGAGAGAUGAUACUUCAAAACCUCUUCAAGAAUACCAAUUGGCCACAAUUACUUAUGGGACAGCUUGUGCAUCUUAUCUCAGCACUAGAACCUUUAAUUUACUUGCUGAACUUGAAUCAACACCUGAUUCUCCAUUGUAUCAUUCAAUUCAUCAAAAUUUUUAUGUUGAUGACCUAAUCUCUGGUGCAUCUACAUUGGAACAAGCCAUGGAAUUGUCACAUCAAUUGCUCACCACUUUGAAUAAAGGAUGUUUUGAAUUAAGGAAGUGGAUGUCCAAUUCCCCUGAGUUACUGAAUUCACUACCAUCCAAUUUGCUAGAAACUUCCAUUGUUAAACCAAUUUCAGAUCCUGAUAAUGGAAUAACCAAAGCUCUAGGUUUACUGUGGAAUUCCAAUUCUGAUAGUCUAUCCAUCUGUUCUAACAUUGAUAAAAUUUCUGAAAAGACUUCAUUCACAAAGCGUGAGUUUCUGUCAGUUAUUGCUUCAACUUUUGAUCCACUUGGAAUCAUUAGUCCCAUCAUAAUCCUUCAAAAAUCUUAUUUCAAAAUUUAUGGCUUGCAAAAAUUGAUUGGGAUGAUAGUCUGCCCAAUGACAUGCUACUGAAGUGGUUGCAGAUCAUACAAGAACUAUCCAAAAUUUCAAGCAUUUCAAUACCACGUUGUGUAGUAUCAAAAGAUCAAUGUUCCAUAGUUGAACUUCAUGGUUUUUCUGAUUCUAGCGCUACUGCUUAUGGAGCUUGUGUGUAUGUACGCACCAUCCAAAAUAAUGUUGUUCAAACUCAUCUUCUUUGUGGAAAAUCACGUGUUGCACCUCUCAAGCCUGUCUCCAUUCCAAAUUUGGAACUUUGUGGUGCCUUAGUAUUAUCACGACUCAUUAACAAAGUUGUAAGUGCUUUGAAUUCUCUUGAUUUGACUAUUUCAGGUGUUUUUCUCUGGUCAGAUUCUCAAAUUGUCUGCAAGUGGUUGCAGUCUCCU